AUGCGACCCUGGGGAUCUAACAAGUACAUGGGUGUGACAUCUGAUGUUGAAAUUACCGAUACAAGCAACAUCUCCCAGCCUCAUGCUUCAGCCCUUCCAUCAAGCAGCUCUGUUAUUAGUAGCGAGGAAGAUAUUCAGCUUGAGGAUGAUGUCCUGACCCUUGAAGAAGCCUUGACACACGAGUUGCCCUUGGGUGUUGCACACAUUGACUCAGGAUCUUGCAUCAACUUGGAAGGAGCUUUACAGCAAGUUCCUCCACUGGUGACCAACAGUGGUAUUCAUCCCAACAAUUAUCUUCUUGUUGAUGGAAAGUAUAUUCAUAAGGAAACUAUUUGUCAACGUGUCCUCAACAAGUAUUUCAUUCCCAAAUCACUCAACCACCAGGAACGCGUAUACAGUGUUGGUUUCACCAAAGUCAAUUGCCAGAGUGAGCUUGCGGGACAAUCCAUAACAGGUGGCAACACUUUCAUUGUUGGAGAUGUGUUUCUCACUAUCAUUCAUUGCAACAGCACUCUUACAAUUCCCCUUGUAUGUUCAACACUUAUCAAGCAUCAUGCCACCACUCGUCACAAAAUAGCUAUCCCAGACCUCUGCACACCAAAUGUGAAGCUUGUUGGCCAAAUAUUAACAUUGGUUCCUACAUGCCAGCCUCUGCCAGAGCAGCACUCAUGGUUCUGGUCUGGAAACUAUGUGAAGACCAGCUCUGAGAUCAUGGGCAUUUCAAAAACUACAGAAAAGAUUGUUGAAAUAACAGUACCUGGACUUCUUGUGCAGCUCAUCAAUCCUGACACUACUUGUGUUUGUUUUCAUGAUGAUGUCAACUCAGAUGACUUCUGCGCACUCAAUAAUAUUGGCAAUACAUGGGCUGUUGGAGAAUCAGCACUCACACUCACAUGUGACACCUUGUGGAGCAAAGCUUGUGAGCAUGACAUUGCUCUCAAGGCUAUACUUCAAGUCCCCAGUCCUUGUGCACCCUCUGACUUCUCAUACUUGCUUCCCAAUGGUUCUCUUGCUAUCAUCUGUUCCAAAGCCAUGGAACGGCUUGCUGCUAGUGAAGCUGGCCCUUUGACCGACUGCCCUCUCUAUGGUACUAGGACAGAUUCAAUGUGA